AUGGACCAGCAGCAGAACAACCCGCUCGCUGGGGGCGUCCCCGGGCCGACUGGCCGCCGCUUACAUAUUGCACACCGACGGAGUCCGUCUGAAAUGACGCCGCUCGUCAGCCUGUAUACCAACCAAAGCAUGACCCCUGCUAUGCUCCAGCAGCAGAUUGAGCUUCUGCAACAGCAGCAGCAGCAGCUUCAACAGUAUGCCAUAAAUGGCAUGAUCCCAAACCAAGGCCUUGGCGCAGGCGGUGCCUUUCCCAUGCAGCCCGCUCUCAACAUGUCGCCACAGGCCGGCUUUCAAUUCCCGGCUCAGCUGCCGCAGCAACAGCAGCAGCAGCAACCGCAACAAAACGUCAACGCGGGUAUUCCACAGCAGACCCACUCACAUCGCCGUAAUCAGUCGGCUCUCCCUAACAUGGGAAUGGGCCCGCCUCCGGCCCCAUCGUCGGGCGCCUCUGGCUCUACCUUUGGUAAUUUUGAAAGCCCAGCCCACGCCCGAGAGGGUGGCGGCCCGAGCUCGCGUACCGGUCGGGGUGGUGGCGGUGCUGGUGGUGGGCACCAGCGUCGCCAUUCGCUCGUUGUUGCCGACGCUCGCAAGGCGGCCGAGAUUGCCCAACAAAAGCGCACUACGUCCGCUUUUCAGUUCCCUGCUCCUGGUGCCGCCGCUGCUGCCUCCACUUCGUCUGGUAGCGAGAAGCCCGAGGGAGAUGUCGUCGUGGACAGCCAGAGCAACCCGACUCCCCCUCCUGCCGUGGCAUCCCGUGGCCGCGGAUCCGCCCAUGGUCGCAGCCAAAGUAUGGCGGUCGGUCGUGGCGGCGGUGGCCUAGGUCGCGGCGGCAUGGGCAACUACCAGGCCGAGUCGCUCAGCGGAACACAUGACUUCCAGCGCCGCGGUGGCGGCAGCCAUGCGCGCACCAACUCGCGCAACUUUGAUAGCAACUGGCGCAACCCGGCAGCAGCUCAAGACGGUAGCAACAAUGGCCAGCAGCAGCCUCAGCAGCCUCAGCAGCAGCCCCAGCAACCCCAGCAACCUCAGCAGGGCUUUCAACCGGGCCAUCGCUCGCGUGCUUCUGUGGGCGGCGGCCAGUCAAUCAGCUCCAUUGGCGCAUACCCGCAACUGCUGCAGCUACAAGGUGGCCAGAUGAUGAUCCCGGGUGCCUUCCCUGGCCAGCAGCAGCUCAAUCAGCUGAACCCCAUGCAGCUCGGCCAGCUCCAGGCCAUGCAGCAGAUCAAUGCCCAGCAGUUUCUCGGUCUGCAGAACAGCCAGCACGCUGCCCAAGGACAAGUGCAGCAGAACCAGGCACAGCAGCAGCAGCGCAAGACCCUGUUCACUCCGUACAUGCCCCAGGCCACCCUACCCCCUCUCUUGCAGAACGGUGCACUGGUGCAAGGCAUUCUUCGUGUCAACAAGAAGAAUCGCAGCGAUGCAUAUGUGACCACGGCAGACCUGAUGGCGGAUAUCUUCAUCUGCGGAAGCAAAGAUCGGAACCGUGCCCUUGAAGGCGAUCUUGUUGCGGUCGAGCUGCUUGACGUCGACGAGGUCUGGGCUCAGAAGCGUGAGAAGGAAGAGAAGAAGAAGCGCAAGGACAUCACAGAUACCCGCUCUGGCUCAACAAACGGUAAUGGCGAAGGCAACAACGGCUCCGGCAUCGGCAACGGUGGCGGCAGUCUCAACAACGGCAGCGACGGUGGCAUCCGCCGUCGUGGUAGUCUCCGCCAGCGCCCGACCCAGAAGAAGAACGACGACGUCGAAGUCGAGGGCCAGAGUCUGCUGCUUGUCGAGGAAGAAGAGAUCAACGACGAACAGAAGCCGCUCUUUGCCGGCCACAUCGUUGCCGUUGUGGAGCGCAUUGCCGGUCAGAUGUUCUCCGGCACGCUCGGCCUGCUGCGCCCGAGCAGCCAGGCCACCAAGGACAAGCAGGAUGCAGACCGCAACAAUUCACGCCACGGCGACAACCGUAACCAGGACAAGCCCAAGAUUGUGUGGUUCAAACCAACCGACAAGCGCGUGCCGCUGAUUGCAAUCCCAACAGAGCAGGCGCCGCGCGACUUUGUUGAAAAACACCAAGACUACGCUGAUCGCAUCUUUGUUGCCUGCAUCAAGCGCUGGCCGAUUACGUCGCUGCAUCCUUUUGGCACCCUGGUCGAGCUGCUGGGCCACAUGGGCGAUGUUCAGACCGAGACCGACGCACUAUUACGGGACAACAACUUUGCGUCGGACGAAUUCUCCGACGCUGUUCUUCGCAGCAUCCACGCUGACUGGGGCACCUCUGGCCCCUGCAAAGAGGACGAAGCGGACAUGAAGGAACGCCGCGAUUUUCGCGACGAGAAGACGUUCACGAUUGACCUGGAUGGCACACCCAACCUUGGCAAUGCCGUGCACGUGAAGUCUGGUACCGACGGGAAGAUUGAAAUCGGUGUCCACAUUCCCCACGUCGCGCAUUUUGUCAAGCCCGCCUCCCUGGUCGAGCGCGAGGCUAAGAAGCGUGGAACUAGCGUGCACCUGCUGAACCGUACGUGUGCUUUGCUGCCACCUCGUCUGGCCACCGACCUGUGCUCGCUCCUGCCGAACGAGGACCGUCUCACGCUCAGUGUCGUCGUCCAGGUCGAUGCACACACAGGCGUUGCCGCCGACGAGGACAUUUGGGUCGGUAAGAGUGUCAUCAAGAGCAACGGCAAGCUGUCUCUUGCCAGCAUGAACAAGGCGCUGGCCAACGCCAACGGAUUCGAGCACAACGCGGCAUCCGCCAAGGAUAUUCAAAUCCUGCGCCUAGUGACCGACAAGUUCCGCGAGGCACGACUAGGCUCGGCCGGUGAGCCGGUGGCCCCUCUGCGUCUGGUGCAGCAGCUCGAUGAUGAGAACAUCCCUAUUGAGCACAACAUUUUCGACACCACUCCUGCCGUAGAGCUGGUCGAAGAGCUCAUGCACAAGGUCAACGCGCACGUCGCAAAGCUGCUGGCCGAGGGCCUUCCCCAAAAGGCCCUGCUGCGCCGGCAUGCGGAGCCCAACUCCCGGCGCCUGCAAACGAUUGUGGAGCGCCUGACCGCUCUGGGCUACGACAUUGACACGACCACGAGCGGGACGCUUCAAAACAGUCUAUUCAAGGUGGAGGAUGCAGACAUUCGCAAGGGCAUGGAGACAUCCCUGGUCAAGUCGAUGCAGCGCGCCAAGUAUUUUGUUUGCGGCGGCAAGUCGCGGCAAGAAUGGAUGCACUACGGUCUCAAUCUGCCCGUUUACACGCACUCCACGGCGCCCACACGCCGAGUUGUCGACAUCAUUGUCCAGCGGCAGCUUCUUGCGGUGCUGUCUGGUAAUCCCGACUCGUUCGAGGACGAUACCCUGGCCAAGACGGUCGACUCUUGCAACGUCAAGAAGGACUCGGCGCAGAACGCGCAGGAGCAGAGCGUGCAUAUUGACUCGUGCCGUAUCAUGGACAAGAAGCGCCUCGAGACGCACGGCGACCUGAUUUCCGAAGGUAUCGUCCUCUGCGUGUACGAGUCGGCCUUUGACGUGCUCAUUCCCGAAUGGGGCUUUGAGAAGCGCGUGCACUGCGACCAGCUGCCUCUGAAGAAGGCUGAAUUCCGCAAGGACAAGCGCGUUCUGGAGCUGUACUGGGAGAAAGGUGUGACCAGCUCGUCGUACGUUCCCGAAGACGAGCGUGUGCGGUCUGGCCCGUCGACGCGCAUCAGAGACGCUGCGAACGCGCAACAGCAGCAUGAGGAGGCUGAGCGCCAGCGCCAUGAGCGCGAGGAGGCUGCUCGCAAGCAGAUUGACACGGGCACCAUCUCGACGGACGACACGGACGCUCUGUUUGACGAUGACGAGGAUAACGGCUCGGACAUUACGGAGGCCAUGGCUGGCGCGUCGCUUGCCGAGCGCCCGACGCAGAGCGUUCCUGGCUCGCCGUCGCGUCCCGAGGUCGGCGGCGGCGCGGACGCCGCCCUCCAGCGUGCGCAGUCUGAGCGCGUGCCUGCGUCGGAGUCACCCGAGUCCCGCCUCACGGACAAGGAGAAGUACCUCAAGCUGUUCAGUCUGCGUGAGGAGGAUGGCGAGUACAUCCAAGAUGUAACGGAGAUGACGCGUGUGCCCAUCAUCCUCAAGACGGAUCUUAGCAAGAGCCCACCGUGCUUGACGAUCCGCUCCGUCAACCCUUACGCUUUGUAA